AUGACCUCCAAAGGCGAAAAGCCCUCCACUAAUGGAGGUAAGGAGGCUGGCGCUGCUCGUCGCUGGCGCCGCGAGGGACACUCCUAUAACAGAGAUCCCUUUCUUAAUUCUUGCACAUUCACAAUUGCCCGUUUGUUCGGGACUGCGAUUUCUAUUGCGACCUUGCUCGGUGUCACCGUGUUCGAGAUUGCGGUCUCGCUCAAGGUUGAUCUCGUUUGA